AUGUCGAUUCCCACGAUCGAUCUGAGCAAGUCCAAGGAUGUAUCAGCCCGGGCUCGGCUCCUGGAAGACCUACGCUACGCCUUACGGGAUGUCGGUUUUCUCUAUCUUUCCAAUACCGGCAUAAAGGAAGAAGUGAUUCAAGAUCUGGUGACGAUGAUGCCAUGUCUCUUCUCCCUUCCUGACGAUGUCAAGGAGUCGGUUGCCGUGGUCAAAUCUCCUCAUUUCCUGGGAUUCAGCAAAUGGGGGUCCGAGGUCACCGCCGGCAUCCAGGACCAGAGAGAGCAAUUCGAACUGGCCAAUGAAUUGGCGGACAAGUACAGCCAGACACCCGGGCUGCCGCUCUACACGAGACUACAGGGUCCUAAUCAGUGGCUUGAAUCAGAGACCGUGCCCCGAUUUGGUGAAAUUGUCAAGUCCUACAUCACGGCUCUGCAGGAUCUAGCUUUUCGAUUCCUCGAGGUGGUCACCGAAGCCCUCUACUUGCCUCCCGGCAGUCUUGUUAAUUUUACAGGGCCACAAGAUCGACUCAAGCUCGUUCACUAUCGACCGUCGCCCGAUGCCACCAUGGAUGCUCCCGCGCAGGGAGUCGGCCCCCACAAAGACAGUUCAGGCUGGAUGACGUUUCUUCUCCAGGCAUCCGAUCCGUCCAUCAAAGGACUCCAGGUCCUCUCGAAAGAUGGCACUUGGCUCGAUGUCCCCCCCAAAUCUGGCACAUUCGUGGUCAAUAUGGGCCAGGCGUUCGAGGUCGUCACGAACGGAACGUGUAAAGUGACCACUCAUCGCGUCCUUCUUCCUCCAGGGGACUAUGACAGAUACAGUGUGCCCUUUUUCCAAGGAGUCGGACCGGACUUGACGAAGCGAGACCUCAAAGCCUUGUGGGAGCUCUUCGACAAGCUGAAAUGGAAUACGCGAGAAUCGGAGGAGGGCCAACGGAUUGAUAGUCCCUUUCUUCGAGGGAAAUAUGAGACGUGGGGAGAGGCACAGCUCAGAACCAAGAUCAGAAGCCACCGAGAUGUGGGAAGGAGACAUUAUCCUGAUGUCUUUGAGAAAUAUAUUAACGAUGACUGA